CAGGGGGUGAUUCAGAGAGAUGAUUUAAGAUCAAGAGGAUCAAGGGAAAACAAAAGCAACCAAUCAGAAUGCAGGAUUUCUGCAAAGAGGUAUAUAAGUCAGAAUUUUUCUGUAGAACAUCAGACUUAUGUCAAUGAUCUAUACAGUGAAUACAACAGUGAAAUAAAAUUUGAUAUAUAUUAAGUAUGGCCUACGAAUGUGAUACUCCAGCAAGACAUGCUAUGUUUAAAACUGCUACUCCAGUCAGCAAGAAGACUACAAACACAUUCGGGUCACCAUUCUCAAUUCGUAGCCUGCUGAAUCUGAGUGAUGAGACAUCAUUUGAAUCUACACCACAAUCUAAAGUAGCAACCUGCAGCAGCAGCAUCAUGUCAAGCCUCUCCUCGCAUCCUGCUGACUUAACCAGGACUCUAGCUGCUGAUAUAAACACUCCAGCUAAGAUGUCACAGUCGCCCAAGACUGUAUCGCCUCAGCUGAUCCCAGUACCAGCCUGUAUCUCUGCUCUGGAGGAACACUUCUACUCACUCAAGCACCAGAUGCGUGAUCCUACCAAGCUGCUGGAACUAGAGGUCUACUAUCGUCAACAGGUCCAUCAGCUGGAAUAUGGGCGAUAUGCCCAUUUGACAACCUGCUUACCCAUGUAUCAACAUGCCAUCAACAUCCAGUUCGACCAUCAGCUCCGCCAGCUGGUUGAUCAAGUGGAAUGCAGCAUGAGAAUCUUGGAGACAUCUACCAUCACUAAGGACAGCAUUCGCAACAACCUUACCAUAAGAGAGGCUGGGAAUUCACUGGAAAGCUAUCUGCCUCAGCCGAUAAUGACAUCAACUCCAAAGAAGAAAUCUGGGAUUCUCAAGAAGAAAUAUCGUAACCGUGGAGUAUACAGCUAUCACGCUAAAGAAGUGCUCGAGACUUGGUACGCAGUCAACAGCCCCUACCCCACUACCGACAUUAUCCUCUCUCUCGCCACCAAGGCUGGGCUCUCCACGUCCCAGGUUCGCAAAUGGUUCUGCAACAAACGACACCAGUGUGGACAUGUCAACAGGAAGCUUGUUCGCCAUCUACAUCAGCAUAAUGAACCCGUUCCCAACAGCUCUGUGCAGUCUUGGAUGUAACAUUACACAUUCACCAGUGGACUUACAGUGAAUGCAAUAUUAAAUUGCCAAAUUGUAUAAAAUGUGUACAUAUAUUUGUAAAUAUAGUUUGUCGAUUAAAUAAUUUGUUUUUAUAAAAUAAAGUAUAUAAAAAUCAAAUACUUUUUUCUGUUGUAAUUUGUUUGGUUAGCCUGUUUGGUUAAGUGAAACAUAAAUACAAGUUCUCCAUUGUACUCUAAAUAUUCUUUAUUCAUAACUCUAUGCAAUACCCUAAAAAUCAAUUUGAAAACCGAGAGAAAAUACACAGUCAGUUGUAAAAUGGUACAAUUCACUUUAUUUUUGAAAUUGUAGUAAGUAACAUGUAUAAUCAUCUUAUUGUUGAGAUUUUAGAUCGCAAAAUAUAAUCU